UGAAGCCAGAAACAUGUUACACCGACUAAUUAAUUUUCCUACACCUCGAAUAUUUUCGCAGUCUGUUGCGGCGAUUCAAAAGUAAUAGAUAUAGCGAGCGAGUUAAAUAAGUUGCUAUAGUCGUAUCGUAGCGAUUCAUUUGGAACUUAUUAGAAAUUAUGUUCCGUGUGCUUGUGCGCUAAGAAAUUAACGAUAGUUAUGUUGUAUAUUAUUUGGAUGGUAACACUUUUUGAAAAUGUAUCAUCAGAAGUCCUACAUGACACUAAAGAAAUCGAAUACAAAUCUAACAAAUUUUCGAUUGGUUUUCAUCUACUUCUACCAGUGGCCGGACUAGGAUUACUCAUACUAGGCAGAAGGCACAUCUUCGACAAAAUAUUACUGCAACUCGAUAGAAAAUAUUUAACUGUUCUAUGUCCGUGUUUCAUAAAAAGAGAAAACAUCUUGAAAUGGGCCUGUGGUAGACUACCACCAACCUGGUCUUCGCAUUCUGUACACACGUUGUCAGGAGGCAUUAAAGAGCUCUGGUCCGAUGGAUCCCUACUUUGCACACUCAUUAAUACAGGCGUACCUGGAGCCUGUCCUAAUCCCCACAGGCAUUGGAGGCAAACGCCAGCGCAUGCACAAACUUUAGCCUAUAAAUAUUUCGGAAUUGUACAGACUUUUUCAAGUGACGAGCUAAAUUUGAAACUAACGUCCGGUUUGGAGAGAAAAUUCAUUCGCUAUUUAGGCGAGAUACAACAAGCUGUUAACAAAAUAUGCGAAAAUGAAGAUAAAGAUUGGAAAAUUUCAUCGCGGUACAUCGUCAGAGGCAUGGGACUGUUUUCAGGCGAACAGCACAAAAAGACCGUGUUUUAUAUUUAUCUGAAUGAAAAUUAUGAAGAAGACGAAGACAAAGAUGGCUCCAUAAUUAUACAAAUUAAAGGACCGUAUGGCACCUACGGGGAAGUAAUGGCCCCGAAAUUGGUCAACAAAAAGCGCAAAUUGAUCAGAAAUAAACGAAAACAAGAAAGAAGAUCGUCAAUUCAAUUUAUCGAGAAUCUGAUGCAAUCCAAUGCUUGGAAUUUUUCUCGUUCGCAGCGAAAAAACAUCAACAACGGCAUCCUGAUCGAAACCACCAUGGAAAAAGAUAGGAUAAAAGUGACUUACGUUCCAAAGAAUUACGGCAUGUACGAAAUCAACAUGUUCACAGCAGGGGAAAUUUUGAACGGUUGUCCAUUCAGCGUGCACAUUUUCAUCAAUGAAUUACCCGUAGCGGAAAACGAAAAAUGCGAAAAGGAAAGCAACAAUCGCAAACCAGUGAAAAUAACCAAAACGCAUGUAUUGCCAAAUUUAUUGGAAAACGACGAAACCAAACUAAAAUCCGAUUUAAAAUCGACUUUUAACUUUCAAGAGGUCGUCGAUGAAAUUACAAAAAACGGAACGGUAUAUAGGAACAUUUUGGGACACACACCUGAAACGGAAACCGCCAAUCUCGAAAUUUUGGCUACUAAUAACGAAAUUAAUGUUACCGAUAAAAAUUUAGGCUGCAGUGAUGACAGAAAUUAUUUGAAAAGUUCUGACAGAAAUUGGUUGAAACCUGAUCAUGAUAUUGACAUAAACUUUAAAAAGUCUGCGGAAAAGAAACUAACAGAAGUUAUUAAAAUUACAAAUAACAACCCAACCAAAGAUGACGGACAGUUGUUAAAUGCUGAUCAAAAUGUACCUAAUGAGGUUGUUAAUGAACCAAAACCAUUAGAAAAUGAACCUGAUGAAACCAUAAAAUCGUGUAACACCGAUAAGCAAAUAUUUAAAAAUAAAAAUUACGAUAACGCCAGUAAACAAGAGGCUAGCAAUAAAAUUAAAAUAAAUAACAUGAAUAGUGCAUCAAUAUUUGCUAGUAACAAUUUAAUUAACCAUAAUGAAAAAACGCAAAGCAAUUUUGUGCUAGAACCCAAAUACGUGAACGCUGUAAACGUAAAUAAAAUUAAAAUUCCCGAUAUGUUUAAUGAGGAUUCAUUAAAACAACCUUCGUAUCGUUUAGAAGACAAAUAUUUCAAAAAUAUUCUGAACGAAUCUAGUAAAAAAUCCAAUAUCGAAUUAAAUAAAGAUAACUAUAAUAAUAACAACAUUGAAAGAAGUAAAAACAAAUAUAUCGACGAAAUUUAUAAACCAGAAUUAGAUAAUUACUCGAAACUUUUAGAAGAAGAUACUUCUCCAAUAUGCCCCUACCAUAUUGUACCUGAAGUAGAAAUUAUUCCAAGAACGGUUGCUGAAAAGAGAAAAAUUUUCGCGAGAGGUUCUCUGAGGAGCAAGUUCGGUUCCAACAGGAAGGUCUCCUCAUUUUUGGACGAAAAUGAACAAGAAUCUACCGAUAGAGAAAGUCAGCCGGCCGGGCAAAACGUUCUAAAUAUAGUAAAUAAUUUGAAAGGAUCGGCAAGCGAAUCUCCAACUCCAACAGAGCCUCUAACGGAGACCUGGUCUUUGUGCAGCACCUUCAGUUUACCAAACCUCUCCCUGGAUUCGGAUUGUUCCUACACCGUAUCGAUUAAAGAUCGAAAAUCGUUUUGGGAAAAUCUUUCGUCGGGUAGUUCGAGUUCCAGCACCAAAUCUUUGUAUCCGAGUAAAAUGGAAGACCCGACUGAUUUGGUUAGAAGCAAAAUGAUAUGGAGAAAACCAUUAAGCAACUUUCGGCCGGCAGAAAAUGUUUACAAAUCCGCAGAUGAUAUUCUUUCGAUGGCGACUUCACACGCAGAGUAUGUUAAAUGUAAUUCAGUAGAAGAUUCUUUGGAUAAAUGUGCAGUUUUAUCGAUAGAAGAUAGGAAACGAUUGUUGCUCAAACAGUUCUAUGAAAAAGAGAACAUCAAUAGGGGACAGCAACGUAAACGUAUCAUAAUAAAACACGAAAUAACUUCUGCUGAUGAUGAUGAAAAAAGAAAAAAGGAAACUGUAGAGGCAAAUCAAAUCGAUUGUUUUACAUCUAUAUCGGAAAAAAUUAAAAAAUAUAACAGUGAUAACUUUAAACUUGUAGAGACGGUCAGGAUAUAUCAGAAGAACGGAUAAGGAUGACAGUUUAUCUUCGAAAAAAGGAAAUGUGAUUGUUUAUAUUUAGUGUUUGAUACAUGAAGUACAGUGAAAUGCACUUUAAGUUGUUCCAGUAAAAUUGAAUUCUAAUAAUUUGAAAAUGACAACAUUUUUAAAUGCCCAUCUGUUAUUGAUCAUUCUAACGAUAACAUCAAUUGAUAGAUCAGAAGAAUCCUGCCUGAUGCAAAAGAAAACCGUAACGUUGUACUACAAAAUCGAGCGAGUAUUAUACCGCUACGUCACUUGCACGGAUCUCAAAUCCAGCAACUUCAACUUCCAAGUAUUAACCACAAUGAACUCUUCCAGUCCCUACCUCGAAGUCACCAACAGCGAUCUUCCGGAAAUCAAUAAAGACAUGUUCGUAACUUUAAACUUGACUCAAAUGACUAUCGAAGCCAAUAUUCAACUCAUCCAAGAAAAGACUUUCGAGCGCUCAAACAUAUCAACGAUAACUUUGAUUAAUAACAAAAUCAGAAGAAUCAAAGAUAACGCAUUUAAAUCGUUUGCUAUUUAUUUUUUAGACUUACAAAAUAACUUACUGAGCGAAAUUGAAGGAAAAAGUUUUGCUGGUGCUGUAAAUUUGAGAAAAUUGAAUUUACAGCACAACCAGAUCAGUAAUAUCCAAUCAGACGCGUUUUUAGAUUUGGGAAAUUUAGAAGAAAUAAAUUUGGCAUUCAAUCAUAUAAGCGCGUUUCCUUCGAAAACGUUUUGGCCUCUUACUGCUAUACAAACCGUCCAUUUAAAUAACAAUUUAUUAACCGCUGUAGAAAUUAACGUUUUCGUUAAUAAUAAAAUGCUGCAAGAUCUUAAUAUCAAUAAUAACGAUUUGACAUAUUUAGAUGCCUCGCAUUUUCCACAUUCUUUGGUCAAUUUAAAUGUCGAUCAAAAUAAUUUACAAUCGAUUAAUAUGUCUAAUUUAAUUAACUUGCAGAAACUCGUUUUAGACUCAAACAAACUAAAAACAGUGACACAUUCUUUACUCAACUUACCAUUAUUAAACUCUUUACAUUUAAACAACAAUAUAAUGGGUCCUAUUAUAACGGAAAACACAUUUUCUAACCUUACAAAUUUAACCAUUCUAGAGCUAGAUAACAACCAGAUAACUAAUUUCGAAAGUCUAAAAAAACUAACGACUCUAGAAGGUUUAUCUUUAGCAGAAAAUCAUAUUAAAAUAAUGGAUUUCUCCGGGGUGCCAACGAUUGUUAAAUUAAUAAAUUUGACCCACAAUAACUUGAUUAAAAUACAAAAUUUAUCGAAACUAUCGAGUCUCGUUAAACUCGAAUUGAGUUACAAUAACUUAGAAGAAAUCGAUUUUAAUAUAUUCGAAAAUUUGUUUCAAUUACGGAACCUUUGGUUGCAGCAUAAUCGUUUAAAAAAACUAACCCUCGGGUGUUUUAGGCAUUUAAAAUCUUUGGAAUAUUUAGAUUUAAGCUAUAAUCAAAUUACAGAUAUUAGCGCCGGUUCUUUGAACGGCCUCGAUACUAUAGCUGAACUAAAUUUGAGCUACAAUCGUUUAUUAUAUUUAAACGAAGAUAUCUUUCAUAAUAUGAAGGAUCUACGCUCGCUGGGUAUUGCUUUUAAUAAUUUAACAAACCUUAAUGUUAAAGGAAUCUUGACGCAUACGAUUUGGCUGAAAGAAAUUGAUUUGGACGGCAAUAACUGGACUUGCAAGCUGCUCAGUAAUUUAAGUCGCGAUAAUAAGUUACUAACCAUAAAAGGUGGCGGAUACUACAAUGUUAGUAAUAUUUACGGAAUACCCUGUAGGGAAAUCGAUGAAAGUUUGGUAAAAAGUGAUAUAACUAACAAGAAUGUGACUGAUACUGUAAUGAAAUAAUUACAUAUACACAUGAUGUUUCAGUUAAAUUGAGUAUUAUUGUAACACUUUUAAUAUUGUUCUUAAUUCUAGAAUGUGGUAAAUAUUUAUUUUCCAGGUAUUCCAAACAAAUUACGGCUGCGAAACAGUUUGUGUAUCAGAAAUCUCAGAGCGAACCAGAAAUACAUCUUAUUUGAUAUGUUAUUUUGAUAACACGAGUGUUAAUUUUUGUAACUUAUUUAUAUUUUCACUUUAAAUGAAGUAAUCAGCUAAAUAUUUGUUUUAUUUAUUAUUACCUGAAUCAGUGAUAAAGUAAUUUAUAACUAUUUUUGAUUAUACAAAAUUGGG